CGAGCACAACCAGAUCGAAUUUCGAUCGAAUUCUCCACAAAAUUUUCCAAUCUCCACCCGCGAUUCGGCAGCUGCGGCGGCCAUGGCGCAGAGGACGCUGGAGCUGACGCUGAUCUCCGCGAAGGAUCUCAAGGACGUGAACCUCCUCUCCAAGAUGGAGGUCUACGCCGUCGUCUCGCUCUCCGGCGACCCCCGCUCGCGGCAGCGGAUCCCCACCGACCGCGCCGGGGGCCGCAACCCGACGUGGAACGCCACGCUCCGGUUCACCGUCCCGGCCUCCGGGGCCGGGUCCCUCCACGUGCUCCUCCGCGCCGAGCGCGCGCUCGGCGACCGCGACGUCGGCGAGGUGCACAUCCCUCUCUCCGAGCUCCUCUCCGGUGUCCCUGACGGCGCCGUCCCCGCCAAGUUCGUCGCCUACCAGGUCCGCAAGCUCUCCUCCGGGAAGCCCCAGGGGGUCCUCAAUUUCUCCUACAAGCUCGGCGAGGCCACCCAAUCCGGCGCCUACUCCGGUGCCGCUGCCCCGUCCGCGUACUCGCAGGCUCCACCGCCUGCAGCCUACCCGCCUUACGCCGCAGCCGGCGCCGCCGCGUAUCCUCCGCCAGCCAAAGCCGCCGACGGGGCAGCCGCGCCGUACCCGCCCCUGUCCACCUACCCGCCUCCGACCGCCUACCCGCAGGCAGCGAAGGCCGAUGGCGCAGCCGCAGCCUACCCACCCCAGUCCGCCUACCCACCUCCGGGUAAAGGCAGCGAGCCAUCGACGGCCUACCCGCCUCCCGCCGGAUACCCGCCCGCCGCCGCAACAGGAGGGAAGCCGGCGAAGGCGGGGGAUCCGGUGACAGCCUACCCCGCCGCCGCUGGGCCCAGCACCGCCACGCCAUACGCCGCGGCGCCGCAGCAGUACGGGUACGGCUACCCGGCGCAGCCGCCGGCCGGCUACGGGUACCCGCCGCCGCAAGCCGGGUACGGCGGCUACGGCUACCCGGCGCAGGCUGGGUACGGCGGCUACCAGCAGCAGGCCGUGAAGCCGAAGAAGAACAACUUCGGGAUGGGGCUCGGAGCCGGGCUGCUCGGCGGCGCGCUCGGUGGUCUCCUGAUCGGAGACGCCAUCUCCGACGCGUCCGCGUACGACGCCGGCUACGACGCAGGGUUCGACGACGGCGGCGGCUUCGAUUUCUAGAGGAGCAAUGGGUCGAUCGAUGCAAUGGAUGGUUUCUUCUUUUCGUAUGAAUAUGAUCGUAUUGGUUUUGUUUGAUUUUACUUACUUCGAGGACCAAAUUAUCGAAUUAUGCAUUAUGUAAAUAGGAUCUCCUCGCCGUGUACAUCCGGUGAGGCUUAUAUGAUACUGAAUUACUGAUAAAUCAAUCAACUUCUGUCCUUU